CUGCGGGGACCCGGGGCGCGCGCGGUGGGUGGGGCGGAAGCAGGCGCUGCGCGCCGACCUCGGGUGCCACGGCCCGCCGACUUCCUAGCUUGCCCAGGGCUUUCGGGCUCGGUUCCGUUUCCGCAGGUGUGAGAAUGAAUGGAGCUAAUCCUUGAAGGAGAAUAAUCCUUUUUUGAGAAAGAAGCAAAAAGGGAGAAGGCAGAGUCUGAAGAACACAGAAGAGGUUUGCUGUGGGAAGAUGACCUUCCUCACUGCAGCAUUUUGCAGCAGGGUGACGCUGCUAUGAAGAGCGUUUUGGUUAAGUUACAGGCUGAGGAUGACAUACCGAUACUAAAGAAGAAUCCCCGCUGGAGGCCGACAUUCCUCCACUGUUUGCCCAGCCCAGCACACUGCCCUGACCUGAUAAAUGAGCCAAGUCUUCUAGAGCUUGCUGCCACCAGGUCUCUCCCCAGCAACUGAUGACAUAAAACUCUACACUUUUGUGAUUGGUUGUGCUCCCAAAACCUGGCAGGGGCAACAUUUGGAAAUGAGCUGGUGGAACAAGAUCUGGGGAGGGAGUUUGGGGAUUUGAGUUUGUUUGUAAUAGCUCCUACCCCACAGAGUUGUGUGACGAGAUGGUUCAUGAGCAGAGCCCGGGAGCUGCGCUGCUACAGCUGCUGCUACACCUUCUGUGGCUGCUGCCUCUCUACUUGACAGCCUCUGAAGCUUCAACUCCACUGCUGCACGAUGAGCUGCAAAACCACACUUUCCUGCACACAAUGUACUGCCAGGACGGGAGUCCUAACAUAGGACUCUCAGAGACCUAUGAUGGGGACCAGCUCUUCUCCUAUGACUUUCUCCACAACACCCGAGUCCCUCGCCUGCCUGAAUUUACUCACUGGGCUCAGAAGAUUGAAGACAUUCCCAGUAUUUUCUCUGACAAAUCAAUCUGCCAGAUAAUGAUUCAGAAUGUAGGCCCACAUCUUGAAGGAAAAAUCCCAGUGUCUAGAGGAUUCCCUAUGCCUGAAGUAUUCACACUGAAGCCCCUGGAGUUUGGCAAGCCCAACACACUGGUCUGCUACAUCAGCAAUCUUUUCCCACCUACAUUGACGGUAAGCUGGCAGCAUGAUUCCACCUCUGUGGAAGAAGAUGCACCUAUUUUUGUUUCGGCAGUUGACGGACUCACCUUUGAGGCGUUUUCUUACUUAAACUUCACACCGGCACCCUCUGACCUUUACACAUGCAUCGUGACUCAUGAGAUUGACAGCUAUACAGCAAUUGCCUAUUGGGUCCCCCAGAAUGCACUGCCUUCAGAUCUUCUGGAGAAUGUCCUGUGUGGCUUGGUUCUUGGCCUGGGAGUGCUAGGCAUCGUUGUUGGCUUGGCCCUCAUCAUCUAUGCCCGAAAGCCUUGCUCAGGUGGCUGAUUCUUGCUGCUCAGAAUCUGAUGCUGAUACUUGCAGUCAUUCAAUCAGGAGGUGCCAGGUUUCUCAGUCCUAUGUAGGACAUCACCUUCUCAAAGCAGAAGUUUCUCAAACUCCCUCCACUGUGUGCAUGUGUAUGUAUGUGUGUGCAGUUUUCUGAGUUGAGGGCCCUGUACCUAAAUUUGGGGGAACCCAGAUUCUGGGCUUGAAUCUAGGGGAACCAAGAGUGGCAUUACUAUCAUGACCACAGACCUUUCUACUUCAAGAAAAUAAAUCUCAUUCCUU